AUGGGUGGUGAUCCUCAGGCGUCAUCUGGUCAGAGCGAACAGCAACAACCAGAAGAGUCGGGAACGGUUGACACAAGUGACCCGGAGCGAUCUAGCCAGGUGCUACGCGUCUCUCAGGAUGAUCAACCGACAGAGGUUCCGACCCCGCCGCCAGUUGAUAUGGGUCCUUCAAAAGACCAGAUUCGCGGGUAUUUCAUGGGUCCAUCGCUGAGAGGUGGCGGCUCGACGGACUGGCUUCCCACCGGAAGUGUUUCAACUGUACUCUCGCGUACGCGGCACUUUUUUGCUACCUUCAAAAGCAGACGUGGCCCAAAGGCCGGCGAGGACCGUGUGAAGCGUCUCACCCAACUCAAUUUGCGUGGAGGUGCAAGCAACUCUUCUUUGCCUACCUAUGGGACUAUGCGGUUAACCAACUCCGAGGAUGUCGAGGAGUCCGCGGCCAGUUCCCUAGAGAGGGAAGGAGACCUUGAUCGGCGAGCAUCCGCCUUUCUACGAGGGGAGCUAUUUUCAGGUCGAGCUACUCCAUCUGAUGCAAACGACACACAACUAGGCCCCGCUGCUGGGAGUAGCAGCCGGCCUUCAACAGACCAAGGCCCAGCUACCGCCGGCACGAUUUCAAGACAGGACAUCCGAGCCUCGGCAGAGAAGAUAAUAUAUACAUAUAUCCUUCCCGGCGCGGAGCGCGAGAUCAUCCUUCCUGUGCCUAUGACUGGAGAUCUGGUUGCCGCAGUGGAAGUAUCAGACCGUGACGAUCCUGAAGUUUUUGAUGUUGUCAAAGACUACGUCUUUAAGGCAAUGGAGAGAGACGCCUUCCCCAGCUUUCUCCGUAUGAGAGCUCUGGCAAAUUUAACUCCGCCCACGAUGAUCUUGCACCUCGUGCUUGGGCUGUUUUCUUUGUUCGCCGCUUUUUGGUCUGGAUUUGUCUUAAUCUUUUUGGAUACAGACAGGAAAACGCGGGCUUGGGUAAAACCUCCUGAACGGAAUUAUAACGCGCAGGCUAACAAUGAUUCCAGCUAA